GCUGAAAAUGGAAGUUUUUCGACGUCAGCCGUUGGACAGUGUGACCGCAACUUCAACCAACGAUAUGCCACAAGGCCAGAACAACGUGGCCACACCAAAUAACAAUGUUGUCCCAUUGGAUUUAGAAAAUGUCGUCGUCGAGGAUGCCAGAUUUGGUACAUCAUUUUCCAAUAAUAAUCUUUUGCUGACCAUGGUGACAGAAAUGCUCCCUGUUUUUGACGGUGCUGCCAACAACAGAAUACCAGUUAAGACAUGGAUUGCUCAUCUUAAUGCCAUUAUUAAGAUGUACAAACUGAGCGACGAUCUAGUUCGCAUGCUGGUAAUGUCUAAGUUAAAAGACCGCGCUCAAGUUUGGUUACACUCAACAGAAAAUAUUUUGACGCUGCCAACUCAAGAAUUGCUGACUCAACUGGCGGAGGCUUUUCAUUCCAAGGAAAGCAAGAUUAUGUCCCGACGCAAGUUUCAGGAGCGCAAGUGGCAACCAUCUGAAGAUUUCGCCACCUAUUUCAAUGGAAAAACAAGCUUAGCUGCGCACAUUCAGAUGGACGACGAGGAGCUGAUUGACAAUAUUAUCGAAGGAAUUCCGGAUACACUUCUGCGUCAACAAGCGCAUAUGCAUUGCUUCAACUCGUCUGCACAACUUUUGCAGGCAUUUACGAAAGUUUCGUUACGCAGAACACCGUUCACACCUGGACGCCCCAAAGUGGCUGCCGAGAACGGACCUGGUUUGGGCUCCACUAAUAGAUGUUUCAACUGCAACUCUGUUGGACAUUUCGCAGCCGUAUGUCGCAAACCCAAGCGUGAGUACGGAUCCUGCUACGGAUGUGGAAGUCUGGAGCACCUAGUGGCUCAGUGCACGGAGAAGAAAAACAUUUCCAGCAACGAAUACAAUGCCUAAUUGAUUCUGGGAGCCCGAUUAGUUUUAUCAAAAUAUCAUGCGUUGAAAAAAUAAUGAAGAGUAAAUUUAUUAAUAUUAGUGAAAAUAAUCUUAAAAAUUACUUUGGCUUAAACAAAAGUCCUUUAGAUAUAUAUGGAAAAUUACCAUGCUUUGUUGUUAUGAAUAAAGAAAAGUUUAAUUUUGAA